AGAAGUUCUUGGUGGGUUGUGAAUUAUAGUAUUGUAAUAACACAAACAUAGCUAGGUUUCUCUAACCGAAAUAUUAGAAAGCAAUAGGCUUAGUAUAACUACCAUUUCUUGUGGAGGUGUUGUUAGGCAGCGCUGAUGUCUGUAUCUAGCAGUUGUAUGAUAUGUCACUCCAUUCCCACGUACUCCUCGCUUGUACCGACGGCUUCUUUCAGCCGCUUAUGUCAUGCAGGUUCAGAGAAAAAAGUGCAACAGUCAUCGGCCGUGACUGAACUCUGUUCACCUCAAUAUGUUUCCGUCCCACAGAAAGCCACACCUGCUUCAACUCCGAUCUUUUCUCAACAGGUAUCCACAUCAGUUUCUAGUCGUGACCUCAAGUUUGGAGUGGACAGAAUUCUGGCUGAAAGUUCGUCUUUACAGGAAGAACUACUAUCCACUACAAGGUCAUCUCUUUGCGAUCUGUGUAUACAAACUAACACAGUAGCUUCACUCCCAGGGUACUGCCUUCUAUCUGCGUGUCACGGAGACAGCCGUGAGUACGACAGAGUCUUUUCCUUGGCCAAUGCAAACGUUCCGACUUAUCCUGUUACUUAUAUUUCCACUCUGCCUUCUUACACAGUGUAUUCCCAAGGUACGAAUCUAGCUUCUAAGGAAAACCCUUCAACUCAGACCCUUCCUCUUAGUAACCAGACGCCCUCGGGAAAAAGGAAGCGCUCGUGGUCACGUGCUGUUUUUUCAAACCUACAGAGAAAAGGUCUAGAAAAACGUUUUAUAAUUCAGAAGUACAUCACUAAACCCGACCGAAGACAGCUUGCCGCCACGUUAGGCCUAACAGAUGCUCAGGUCAAAGUUUGGUUCCAAAAUCGACGCAUGAAGUGGCGACAUUCCAAAGAAGGUCGUGAAGAGCUAGCUCAGCUGAAUCAAGAUACCGUUACUAACCGCUUUAAGUCUGCACGAUGGUCAAAAGAGGAACUCUUGACCAAGACAGUAGUGGAUUCGGACAGUACUACCGAGGAAGAAGUAAAUGCUUUUGAGUCUGCUAACGUUAAACCUUUUAGUGGAUAACAACAUGACAUGAAUGACAUGAACGUGUGACAUUCCAGUACAGAUCAAGUUAAUUCUAAACAAUAAAAAAAUAAACAAUAUGUCGAGAAUCACUCAUUAGGAAUCGAAUAUUGAACAGUAA